UCUGGUUGCCAGGGGAACGGCGUUCCCAGAGGCAGGAGGCGGGCUUGGGACCGGCUGUUUCUUCCACUUCCAGAGAAGCUCUGGUGGCGGGAAAGACCCCUUCCCUUUGGGGAGAAGUGGGUGACGCCGAGACUGUCAGUGGCACGCUUCUGCGCCCGCCAGAGCUCCGACGACUGGCCACCAGCUUUCCGAGGCCCUGACUGGAAGGAUGUCAAUGGAUAUUAUAAAGGGAAACCUAGAUGGAAUUUCAAAACCAGCCUCAAAUUCAAGAACACGUCCUGGGAGCAAUAGUUCAAAUGCUUCUUUGGAGGUGCUCUCACCAGAACCAGGGUCUUUCAAGGUUGAUACUGCAAGCAAGUUGAACUCUGAUAAAGAGGACCACUCAGACAGCAGUAAUACGGAGGGAAGAAGAAAUAGUAACAGCGAUAAAGGGGAAAAUUACUCUGAGAAAAUAAAAUUGGCCAAAGAGGGGUCAGAUGAAGACCUGGAUUUGGUUCAACAUCAGAUAAUCCUUGAGUGUUCAGAUGAACCCAAAUUAAAAGAAUUAGAUUCUCAACUUCAAGAUGCUAUUCAGAAGAUGAAGAGACUUGAUAAAAUAUUGUUGAAGAGACAAGACAGAGAAAAGGAAAUUAAGAAGCAAGGGCUAGAAAUGAGAAUAAAGCUAUGGGAAGAACUUAAGUCUGCAAAAAAUAGUGAAGCUUUGCAAAGUAAUGAGGAGAUGGAAAAUACAAAAAAAUUUUUAUCUUUGACUGCUGUGUCUGAAGAAACUGUUGAUCCUUCUUGUUAUGAGGAUGAAGACACCUUUUUCCCUGUGUUUCACACUCAAGUCCCUCCAGAAAAAUAUGAGAAGCAGAUGCAGAAUGUCAGUCAAGAUUUUACCUAUGAUGUGGAAAGAAAUGAGUCAUUGAUCAAAGCAGAAAAGAAAUCUUUCUCAAAUACAGAAAAGAUUGAGCUCAGGGGUAAACACAACCAGGAUUUUAUUAAGCGAAACAUUGAGUUGGCCAAGAAUUCAGGAAACCCAGUGGUUAUGAUUGACAGAGAGAAGAAGAGGCUGGUUGAGCUUUUGAAGGACUUGGAUGAUCAAGAUUCGGGGCUGUCCAGUUCUGAGGGGGAUCAGUCUGGAUGGCUGGUUCCAGGAGAAGGAUAUACACUUGCAGUCACCCAGCAUCAGCAGCUUGCUGAAAUCAAUUUAAAACUCCAAGAACUGUCUGCAGCCUCCCCAGCAAUUUCCAGUUUUUCUCUAAGACUUGAAAAUCAGAAUGAUCAGGAGCAUGAACUUGAUGUUGAAAGAACUAUGGAAAUAACUCCAGGAGAAAAGGUACUUAGGAACACCAAAGAGCAACGGGAUCAGCAAAACCGGCUGAGAGAGAUAGAUGAAAAGCUGAGAAAGAUGAAGGAAAAUGUGUUAAAUCAGCAUGUAAAUUUGUCAGCAAGAAUUUGA